AUGCGGCUCAAAGUUUGGCUCAGCUUUCCUUUUGUCUUCACUGGUGUUGCUGCUUCUGAGCUUUGCCUCGAUCGAUACGACUACAUUGUUGUAGGCGGAGGGCCUGGCGGCCUGACUGUAGCAAAUCGUCUGUCUGAGGUCUCGGGAAUUUCUGUUGCUGUGAUUGAAGCUGGCAGAGAAGUAUUCAAUAAUCCGAAUGUGACGAGCGUGGACGGCUUCACUACUGCCCUGAACACAGCGAUUGACUGGCAAUACAUCUCAACAAAUCAAUCCUACGCAUCAGGUCAGACUCUUGCAUAUCACGCAGGGAAGGCUUUGGGCGGAACGAGCACAAUAAAUGGAAUGACCUAUGUUCGCGCUGAAAAGUCACAGAUCGACUCGUGGGGUGCCAUUGGCAACGCUGGAUGGAGUUGGGAUGACCUUUUCUCGUACUACAAAAAAAGUGAGAGCCUGACCCUCCCGACUGCAGCGCAACUUUCAUCUGGUGUCACUUUUGUACCCAAUGACCAUGGAGAGAGUGGUCCUCUGAAAGUCGGAUAUCCAUAUGGACUCUUAAAUGGUUCUUUUCACACUGUUGUCGAGAACACUUGGCAAGCUCUUGAUCUUCCCCAUAAUCCAGACGUCAAUGGUGGCAGCGUUCGAGGUUAUACGAUAUGGCAAAGCACGUUGGACAUGGUAGCAAACGUGCGAGAAGAUGCUGCAAGAGCAUAUUACUACCCUGUAGAACUCAGGCCGAAUUUACAUGUGUUCCUCAACACGACAGUCAACAGGAUUGUGUGGGGAAACAGCGAUGGAGCUGCUGUUGCGUCAGGGGUAGAGAUUACUUUUUCGAAUGGUUCCAUUAGCAUCCUGAAGAGCAGGCGCGAGGUGAUCUUGUCAGCUGGAUCAUUGAGGAGUCCAGCUAUUCUUGAGCUCUCGGGGAUUGGAAACCCAAGCAUUCUAGACAAGUACGGAAUUGGUGUCAAAGUCGACCUACCUGGCGUUGGAGAGAAUCUGCAGGAUCAGCCGAACAACAAUUUCAUUUCUUCAACAAACUCAACCUUUAAUGGCUCAAUCGUUUACGUUGCUUACGGAUCGAUGCCCGAUUUCUUUGAUGAUUGGGACGCGAACAUAAAUAUCUCGUCGUAUGCAGAGAGUGUUUCUGCUGCCAUCAACAACACCAUUGCCGCUGCCUCGUUGGAAUACCUCUUCGGCAUCCAAUACAAACUCCUUCAAAACGGCAUCCCCAACGCUGAAACGAUCAUGGAGACGACUUUGAAUCUUGGGCUUGGACCGAAUGGUCUCUUGGUCUCACCUUUCUGGCUCCUGAUGCCCUUUUCUCGGGGCAAUGUCCACAUCAGCUCUAGGGACCCAAAAGUAUAUCCAACGAUAAAUCCAAACUUCUUCCUUGUAGACUUUGAUCUCAAAGUCCAGAUGGCACUUGCGAAAUGGACGCGGAAGUUCUUGGCCACUGAACCGAUGAAGAGUCUGAUUACGGCUGAAGUUUCUCCUGGGUUCACUGCCCUGCCUGAAAAUGCUACUGAUGCAGAGUGGGAGAGCUGGGUGAAGACUGCUUUUUCUAGUAAUUCUCAUCCCCUUGGAACAGCUGCGAUGAUGCCUAGAAAGUUGGGAGGAGUUGUCGAUGGAAAGCUUAAGGUUUAUGGGACGGAGAAUGUCCGGGUUGUGGAUGCUUCUGUGAUGCCAUUUCAAGUAAGUGGGCAUCUCACGAGUACGAUCUAUGCGAUUGCAGAGAAGGCUUCGGACAUGAUCAAGGAAGCGAUGUAG